AUGUCGUCGAUCAGCCGAGUGAUGCUGCGACCGCUAACAUACACUAUUGCGGCUCGAGCAUUCUGUGCAUCUACUGGGGGAGCACCCCAAAACACAGGUCGUCCCCAUCAUCUCGAUUCUUCAACUACGAUAGUCCCUGGCCAGGAGCGUGCGCCGGCUUCCACGGCGACAUUGAAAACUGUGGGGAACAGCUAUAUAGGUCUUGGUAAGUUCGACGGUAUAGGCGACGACCCGAUCAGGCUGGCCCAAGCUAUCGCCUAUCUUGAGAGCGCUAUUGAGGCUGCAGGGAGCGACAACUCCACAGAAGCAGCCAAGCUGCAUCGUGAUCUGGGGAUGCACUAUCACAGGGCUGACAAAUUGCAUAGAGCUGUGGAGGCCUAUAAGGAAGCUUGUGCAGUUCUUGAAAGACUGAUCAGCGAUACAUCUGCAGAGAACACUGAGCGGAUCAAAGCGCUGAGGUAUCAGCUGGCAUCGGCAUGUAGUUGUCUUAGUGUUGCUAUCCGGGAACGGGAUGGUGAUGAUGGUUCUUAUGCGCGGGCUGUUGAGUUGUAUUCCGAGGCUCUGCAGAUUCUUCUCACUCACACUGGGGGGAAGGAAGAGAACAGGUUUGUUGCGAUGACGUAUUUUAAUAUAGGCCUGGCCUAUGAGAAACUGGGGAAGCUUGAGGGAGCUGCGGAUGCGAUGGAGAAAGGUGUCAAUUUAUCGGCACAUCUAUGGGGUCCAUCUAACGAGAAUGUGAAGGAGAUGUUGAAGCAGUUGACGAGAGUCGUGACGGAGAUUAGAAAGAGAAAACCGAAAGAGCCGGAGAAUCGACCAAUGCAGGGUCCACAGGAUGAUCCACAAAAGAACAAAUCACGACUAUGGCGCGAUAGGACUUGCUUGGUUAUACAACCUGAACAUGGAAAAGCUCGGCAAACUCAAUACUGCCGGGGACAUGUGGCGAGAGGCGAUGCUCGGCGCCAACUUCCCUCUCAUCACCCGGCUUAUGCGGAGAGGGUGAUAUGGCAACUCAUCGCGAACGAAGACUUCAGGAGGGCACGGUCCCUCAUAGCUGAAUUGCCAUAUGAUGGUAAGAGGGAGCGUUGGCACGGUCUGUGCAGCAUAGCCUCGGGGGAUAUAGAAGGGGCCGCGGAUGCCUUCAUAAACGCCAUAAUGCUCUCGCUUGAGGAGCGCAACACUAGAGUGCGGGCAGAGAGUCUCACACAGCUGAGUCGUUUGCCUGAACAUUUGAUCCGACGUGCCGAGCGGGAAAUAGUAGAGACGAGAGUCUUGGAGGAUUCGAGUAAGACUGAGAAAGGCCAAGCCAAGCUGGUUGGUGAUGUCCCAGAUGUGGUCUCCGCGAAGAAUCAGACUGCUGUGGAUCAUUCUGAAGAUCUACUCCGAUUUAUGUUGACACAACCCGGGUUGCUUGCAUGUGAGAAUCUCGGGAGAGCUGCACGUGCUACCGCCCUACUGAGCGGUUGUCACUAUCGCCAGCAUAGCACUGCAGUGGCACUUGCAGCUCUCGAAAGAGCUGUGAACAAGAAGUCCGUCGCAGCCAUGCAGAGCAGUUUGAUUCGUCUCAGGAAUGCACUGAGGAGAGGCAGAUCUAACAGAAGCAUGAACCCAGACGAUCAAAAGCACAUCGGUGAUGGCAUCAGAUCGGUACUGGAGGCCGGAGCAGUAGAUGAGCCGUAUGUGGCCAGAAUCAUGCAGGCUCUCGGUUGCGAAGAACAGACUCGCAUGACUGAUAAUGACGGUGACCGUGAUUGUCUACCGAGAGGGAGAGAGUCUGCCUGUGACCGGCCUGGGCAUCUGGACAUGACCAACACUUGUAUUGCGGAAGCUGGAGCGACCAUAUGGGGAUUCCCAGAGCCUGUAAGAUGUCUUCCCCAUUUGGAAGCUGGAGAGUUUUCUAACGUAUUCAACAGCUCUGCCAAACACGGCAAUGCAACUUGA